AUGACGGCUGACGGACCUUUCUGGGAUGGUGUCCGAGGGCUGAUGGACAAUCUGACGGACAUGAUGGUGUUGGCGGAUAAGAGUGGGAAGAUUAUCCACAGCAAUGAUGCCGUUGAAAUCAUCACCGGUCAUCUCGCCUCGGACUUGAUCGGUCAAAACGUGGCGGUCCUCAUGCCCGAUGAGUUGGCAAGCAGCCAUCAGAGCUUUAUCGAUGGUUUCGUGUCGAAGACUGAUACCAACCGGAAGGAGGGUUUGAGGAGGAAGAAUUCCUUCACGGUUUGCAAGGUGGUUCGGCCGAUCAAAGGUCAGCUCAAGAAGAAGGACGGAAGCAUUAUUUCGGUGGAGCUCAUUAUAAAUCACAUCUCCGAAGAACCUGGAUCGCUGGACUACUGUUUGAUGGCACAUAUCAAAGAUCUCACUAAACACGAGAUGGCUGAGAGGCAACAACAGGACUUCCUUGCCGGGGUCGCACAUGAAUUACGUACUCCACUAAAUGGUAUUAUUGGUCUGUCGGACGCUCUCAUCAAGACAGAGCAGAAUAAAGGAAGGACGAAGCAUUUAAAAAUGAUUAAUUCUUGCGGGGUUCGACUAGUGGGACUGGUGAAUAUGAUCAUGGACGUUAGCGCACUGCGAGAUGGGAAGAUGCAAUUGAAUUUGACCAAGACGGUUAAUUGCAACGAGAUAUGCGAGGAGGUUUGGGAGUUGAUGAACAUGGCUGUUGAUAAAAAUGGAAAAAAAAUUAAAAAAGAUUCAGUCGAUUUGCAAAUUGAAUGCGAUCCCGACCUUCCGUUGAUCGAGGGUGACAAGGAGCGACUUUCCCAAGUGAUAUUUAACCUGGUGAAUAAUGCGCUUAAAUUUACCCCAUCCGGAUUCGUCCGUAUUGCAUCUGCGUUUGAAGCGGAGGCUGGCACUCUGUUGUUGAGUGUCUCCGAUUCGGGUCAGGGAAUAAAAAAGGAAAAUUUGGGAAAAAUUUUCGAAGCCUUUGGUCAAGAGGAAGAGGGAAAGGGUGGUGGUUUGGGUCUCGGUUUAGCGAUAUGCACGAAAGUCUCCGAGCUGCACGGCGGAAAGAUAUGGGUUGAAUCUGAGCUGGGAAAAGUGGGUAGU